AUGGCGGCGUCCUCGGGAGCUACAACGCCUUUGACGGGCCAGGUCGGCGGCCACCCUGGUGUGCUAACAGUGGCGGACGAUAGUCUCAUAAUCAAGCCCACACUCCCGGACGAACUCCACUUUUACCAGAGCGUCCUGCCCUCACCAGAGUUCGACACGUUGCGAGACUGGAUACCUAGGUUCGUUGGAACACUGACGCGUGCUGGAGAGACCACGGAGACGGGGGAGGUCGUCUUGAAGGAUGAUGCACCGUCCAACGAGAAAGAGUUCCUUGUCCUGGAAAAUGUGACCGCGAAUUUUACGAAGCCUAACAUCGUCGAUCUGAAACUGGGCACAGUGCUGUAUGACGAUUCAGCCUCCCCCGAGAAGAAGGAGCGGAUGAUAAAGACUGCUGCAUCAACCACUUCACUUACCACCGGCUUGAGAGUCACUGGCUUCCAGGUCUUUGACAACGCUACCUUCACAACGAUUACGACGCCCAAGGAGUAUGGUAAAUCCAUUAAACCAGACGACUUACCAGAAGCGUUCAGAAGGAUAUUCCCUGUCACGUCCAUACCCCUCCCAACUCAAGAAUCAAAUUCUGCGGUGGACUCGGCCUCUCCGAGUAAUACACUGCAAGUCCCCUCUUCAGACGCCACCCCAGAUCCCGGACUGCCCGCGCCCACCCUUCUACGCAUUCUGCUGUCACUGAAGACAGACAUCGAAGCGAUCCGGGACGCCGUGAAAUCGAUAGAAAUGCGGAUGGUGGCUGCAAGCCUUCUCAUCGUCUACGAGGGCCAGGCCCAAAUUGCCCAGUCGAUAUGGCAAGCGCACGGCGGUGAGCCGGGUGAAGGGGAAACUGACAGAGUGGCCCGGAUACUGCAAGCGGAGGGUGACGAAGAGAUCUCGUCCGAAUACGACUCAGGUUCCGAUACCUCGGACGAAGAAAUCGAGGUGGAUGCGGAUGCAUCGUUCGAGACGACUACGUCCACAGCGACGGACAAUACUGGGGAGGGCAACAUUUCUUACUCCUCCGUGUCCAGUUUGUCAAGUCUGUCUUCACUUUCCUCUUUGUCCUCGGACGCCCCCACGGCUCCAUACGUCGUGCGUCUGAUCGACUUCGCGCACACCAAGCUUACGCCUGGAAUGGGGCCCGAUGACGGCGUUCUGCUGGGGUUAGGGACUGUCCUGAAGCUAUUAGAAGGAAGAAUUGAAGAAGUGAGAAGGCUGGUACCCGAAGGAACUGCUUAAGAUUAUUUACUAGAUGACGUACUCAGGCUGUAAGUAAUGUGAUUUUGGUCCUGCUGC